AUGGUAGCUGCUUUUCAUCGGUUGCGGCAACGGCCGCAGCUUCACCCCUCAGCAGUGCUCGUCCUGCUGGUGAUUGCCUUGUCCAUCAUCAACACACGUGCAGACUUUGGGGCAGGAGGCAGCUUUGCCACCUACAACCGCCACAGCGCCCGCAGUGUCCGCAGCAACAGCAUGAACGCUGGUAACCAACCCCGAAGCAACACAACCACCGAUGAUGACAUUCCUGGAUUUGUGUUCAUCAAGACGCACAAGACGGGGUCGUCGAGCGUGACUGUCAUGCUUGCGCAGGCGCUGGAGCGUCGCGGCCUGAAGCCGGCCGUUCCCUGCUAUGACCACCUGGGGUACCCGCGAGAGUUUGACGACCCGGCGCACACCUUGUGCGGGCGCGACCCGCUCCACUUCAAGGCGGCCAUCUCCCACAUUCGCUGGACAGAGACAUCCCGCACCACGCUGCUCAAGCUCAUGGCGCCCGACCGCCCCAAGAUCUUCACCAUCGUGCGCGACCCCAUCACCCGGUUCAUCUCAGCGCUCGGCUACUACAACAACAAGAAGCUCCAGCAGCAAUUGCACUUCGACCGCAACGACAUUCGCGAGGCAUGGUUGCGCGAGGCCACCCACCGCAUCGCGCUCUCGGAGGUGCGAGACGACGUGGCCAAGUACGCGCGACAACUGCACUUUAUCGGCUACGCCUUUGACUUUGGCCUGGCAAACGACUACGAGCCACGGGAGAGCGCAAACUUCCGGCAGCGUGCAAAGGAGUUUGUCGAUUCGCUUGACUUUGUGCUGCUUUACGAGGAGUGGGACCUGUCCAUGGCGCUGCUCAAGCGAGACCUCAAUAUGACGUACAAGGACGUGGUUUACCCGCACCUGAAGAAGGUUGGGAAGGGCCCCGUCGUUGUGUCGCAGGCAACGCGCGACCUCUUCUGCCAGGUGCUGUGGACCGACUGCAUCCUGUAUGACCUGAUUCAGCAGCGGUUUUGGGCAGCGGUGGACGACGACCUUCGCCGGAGCGCGAAAGUCGUCACUGAGGUGAACGAGGCCGCGCGUCUUGAGGAUCAAACGGGCGGCAGGGGCAAGAUGGACGUGCAAGACUACUUCAACCGUCUUCGCAAGACAACCUAG